AUGUCCUUCGGCCAAUUAAUAGUCGGCCCCCCCGGCUCCGGCAAAACCACCUACUGCCACGGCCUCUCCCAAUUCUACCAAUCCCUCUCCCGCCCCUGCGCAAUCGUCAAUCUCGACCCCGCCAACGACGCCCUCCCCUACACGCCCACCAUCGACAUUUCCUCCCUAAUCACCCUCGAAGACACAAUGGAGGAAUUCAAUCUCGGCCCAAAUGGCGGGCUGAUCUACUGUCUGGAGUAUCUCGAAAAAAACCUCGACUGGCUCGAAUCCCAGCUCAAGCCCCUACUCGAAUCCAACACGUACAUCCUGAUCGACUGCCCGGGCCAAGUGGAGCUCUUCACCCACCACAACUCGUUAAAGCACAUCGUGGAGCGGUUGAGCAAGAACCUGGAUCUCCGGCUCUGCUGUGUGCACCUCGUCGACUCGCAUUACUGCACCGACCCGGCGAAAUACGUCGCGUUGCUGCUGCUGAGUUUGAAAACAAUGAUCCAGAUGGAGCUCCCGCAUGUGAAUGUGCUGAGCAAGGUCGAUGUGAUGGAGCGGUAUGGGGAGACGGCGUUCCCCGUGGAGUUCUAUACGGAGGUGCAGGAUUUGGAUUAUCUCACAACAGCGAGACAACCAUCGUAUUUCGCGAGAAAGUUUCGCGGGUUGAACGAGGCCCUGUGUGAUCUUGUACGCGAUUACAGUCUGGUCGGCUUUCAGACGCUGGCGAUUGAGGAUCUGCAGAGUGUGUUGAGCCUCGCGAGGGUGAUUGAUAAGGCGAAUGGGUAUGUUUAU